AUGUCACAGACGUGCACUCGGAAAGGCUGCGGCAAGAAAUUCGACCGCGUGGACGAGAGCGAGUGCUGGUAUCAUCCUGGACCUCCCGUCUUCCACGACGCGUUGAAGGGCUGGUCGUGCUGCGAAAAGCGAGUCAUCUCGUUCGAUGACUUUUUGUCAAUGCCUGGCUGCACUAAAGGGGUGCAUACCACCGAGGUCGAGGCACCUACUCCUGCUGCCCCGAAGCCUGCUGCAUCUGCCGCCCCGACUCACGUAGACAAAGACGGCAAAGAAGUCUACGGCGCCCCAGUUCCGCAGAAAUCAGAGGAAGGAGGAGCACCGGCUGCAGUUCCUCAGGCGGUCAAACCUACUCAGCAGACAAUAAACGAGACGAAAAAGGUUGAUCUCGCGCUCUUGGAUGAUCCGGAGGACGCGCAGAUCCCGCUGGGGGCAAAGUGCAAGCGGAAUGGAUGUUCAGUUACUUUUGAUGGCUCGAACCGCGACGGCUGUGUUUUUCACCCUGGAACAGCGAUCUUUCAUGAUGCAUCUAAAGGAUGGUCAUGCUGCAAGCGCCGUGUUUUGGAAUUUGACGAGUUCCUGAAAAUACCAGGCUGCAAAACCGGCAAACAUCUCUACCUCGGCCCCAAAGAAGAAGAAAAGACAAACGUCGUCGAAGAAGUAGACUGCCGCACCGAUUUCUACCAAACCCCGUCAACAGUGAUUGUCUCCAUCUUUGCCAAGCAAUGCGAAGAAUCAAAAUCCACCAUCGAGUUUUACGAAGAGAAACUGGUGCUCGACUUGUUGCAUCUCGGUACAAAGCGAUUCAAGACCGAGUUCCAGCUCUUUGGGCCGAUCGUUCCCGAGAAAUCAAAGUACAAAGUCAUGGGCACGAAAGUAGAGCUUACGCUGGCAAAGGGCAACGGUCUGUCUUGGGGUGGUUUGCGGGCAGGAGAAUCCGGGGCGGGAAUGAUUAGAUUCGGUGUCUCGGGUAGGACAGGUACGAUUGGAGGAAAAGAAAUCAUAUACCGAAAUCAGUCGUGA